CCUCUCUCACUCUCGAGACCAAAGCGAGCAUUACAGUACACAUCCUCUCCCAAGAGGCAGUGGUACCGCUCGACAGCGCUCACCUCUCAGUCGAGUAGCGGACGGCGUCUCGCGAGGUUCCUUUUUAUACAGCUCAUACACAUUCUCGCACGCAGCCAUGAGGAACUAUUACUUCGUCGUUCUGCUGGCCGUCCUUGCGACGCUGCUGUUGACGGCGGACGCGGGUGACAUGAUGCGCAAGAGCAUCGUCUUCGACAAGAAUACCCCGGAUGUGUUCUACUGUCCGGUACACAAGCCUACCGGAUUCGAUAAGAUGAUCGUCAAAGCCAAGCCUCUGUCGAGACUCUGCCAGUUCGAAGGUGGACCCAUCCCCAAGGACUACAAGAGCGACUGCUACAACGACGUCGACGAGAGCGAGUAUGCUUGCAAGGAGAAGUACAGGAUUAUGAAGCGACUGAGGAACGUGGACGGCGAUCAGUUGCCGGUCGACAACGAAUACACCGACAAAUAGAGACGCUGCUGCCAGCGGAAUCCGGAUCACUCUCUAUUUACUAUUUACAAAGCAAAAAUCAACAGAAAUUUCAAUAAAAACGAGCACAAACGCGCGUGAUUUUCUUUUUGUAUAAUAUUACUAUACACACGUAUACUAUAUGAGUAUGAUUAACGUAGAACAAUAAAAGUAUAACACGUAGAUGACGAUGAUGGGUCGAGUACGGAGUCGGAGACAUAUCAUUCAGGAAGCAUUUGCCUAAUAUUUUCUAUAUACAUAUAGCUGUUAGUACGAGAUAUGUGGUGCAUUUAAUUCUCUACUGUGCAGAUGACGAGAAUCUAACUGGCCUUUUUUGGGGGAGAAUACACAUUUUCGCAAUUUUAAGCUUUAAGAUUGCCGAAGAUAACGAUCGGGUAUUAUACAUUUUUUUGGUGCGAUUGUGACUUUCAAGUAUUAUUAGAUUAAUCGAUACAUAGGGACACUUUGGGAUGAGCUCGAAAAACGAUUUUCUUGUAAAUAUAUGCAGUGAAAAUUCGAUGGUGGACAGAUGCGAUGUAAAUUGAAUUUACGACCAAAGCUAUUAAUGAUAAGUUAAGAGUUAUUAUAAUCAUUUGCACGAAAGGCUGCGUGUUUCGGAAUUUUAGAUUCUCGUCAUCGAUUAAAUUACAAAUGUAUUGCUUUCGUUUAUAUCUAUUGAUACAAAAUAUUUGUAAAAGUAUUCUAUACCAGUGAAGCAAUAAAGUUCAACAUUUUUCCACGAUACAAAAAUAA